CCCCGACGCGAAAAAAAUAGGGCGCUCGAUCCCCUCCCUCCCGCACUCGACACCUCUAUUUUGUCGCUCCGCCUAGGGUUCCUCCUGUUAACCGCCGCCGCCGCCGCCGGUCCUCAGGUCCUCUGCUCCUCGACGAGCCCAUCUCCGGCGACAUGGCCAGCGGGUAGGCCUGCAUUUUCCACCCCCGCUCCCACGGGCGCGACCCCUCCCUCGGCCGCAUCCCCUCCGUCCCCGUUGUCCAGCAGCAGCUCCUGGCCCGAUCCGGCCAGGGCCCCACUCCGGCGGACGGCGCCCCACUCCGGCGGACGGCGCCCCACUCCGGCGGACGGCGACCCCUUUCCCCCUCCCCUCCUACUGGCCGUGAGCCACCAAGGAUAGCUCAAAAGAGCUGGCCCAAGUCCCGAGCACACGAUGCGCAAUCCGCCGCCGCCGCCGCCGCCGCAGCCCAACAUGGGAAAUGUGCCGUUGCCUUUGCAGCCGCCGCCCGCCAGGGCAAUCGAGCAGCUGCCUUCUUGGCAGCAUCAGCAGCAGCAGCAUCCGCUGCGCCCUUGGCAGUGUCCGCAGCAAGGCGGCGGGCAUCCGCAGCCGCCUAUGCAGUGGCCGCCGCAGCAGCCGCCGCCCGCCAGGGGAUACUCGCCUUCGCCUUCGCAUUCGCAACCGCUGCUGCCCAAUGUAUCCCAGAACCUCCACUUACGGUCUGUGCCUCAGCAGCAGGGCGACGAAGGCAGCGCAAGCAGGCCACAUUCGGAUCCGUGCAGCGCCUCAAAUCUCGACCGGGGAAAACAGCCCCUACUUGAUGAUAAAACCAAGGAUCAGAUGUGGCGCGAAGUGAAUCCUCGUCUGUCUCUACCACUGUUCUUGGCUCAGAAUGCUGGGAGUAUUCAAUUGCCGAGACUUUUAACUCGUGCAGGAGCUGCCAAGGGCAGUAUUCCAGAAGGAACAAUGAUAUAUCCCUUCUCUGGACCAGGAAGAUCAGUUUUUCGGGACUUGGUCUGGAAAGUCACUGAAAAACUGCUGAAAGAUCCCCAGUGGGAUGGGCAGUGGUCCUUUGAUGAUGUUGAGGUGGCGGAUGAAAGAUGUCAGCUUCUGGUUAGGGGGAUCAGAGAUGCUAGUUCUUCGAUAUCGAGUAGAGACACAGCAGCUCUGCGAAAUCUGCGAUGAGAGUUUGUUUCUUACUUUGACACCCCACCAAGAAAGUCCCCUCCUUUCUUUCCUACCUUCCUUCAGUUGCUGGACAAUAUCCCAGCUAACUAUGAUGAUGAUGAGGAGGCAAGGUCAGAGUACUUGAUAAAAAUCCGCAGUCAUGCCAUGUUUGCAUCACUUCCCAAGUUAUUUACGCUUUUAUCAAGUUUUGCUGAAGCUUGCCGGACAAGCCCUGGAAAAAUAAUGAAUAGGGAAUUCCUGACUCUUCUAAGGGUUGAAACCCAUUUAUAUAGCCAGAGUACUAGUAUGACUGACUGGAAAAAUAGCCAGUCCCAUAGGUAUGAAACCCAUUUGAGCGAGAAUAGUACUAGGAUGGGUGACCUCCUAGGAAGUCCUCGUGAAAGGGUUUCAUAUCUAAGGGUUGUGAUAGGCUUGGCGAGCCAACG